AUGUUCAAUUCGAAUAAACCUGUGGAUAAUGAAGGAAAUAAUAACAUGUUGACCCCCAGUGUUCAAUCACCUGCUUCAAAUGACAUGAUUUCACCAAACAGUGGUAUCCGAACAAACUUCACUGCUUCCAAUGGUUCAGUAAAUGCUCUAUCGUCUGGAGUUUCAUCCCAACAAGAUAAUGAAGAGGCACAUUUUGACAACACAGUGUCGUCUUGUCUUAAUUCUGUCACAGAUAUUUGCAUAAAAGGUAUGAGUGACGCCGAAGCAACAAAUAUAUUAGAUCCGAUCAACUCUCAUCAGGUUAUUUCGUUGGAAGCAGCUGUUGCAGCGGCCGCAGCUGUUUUAGCUAUAUCAUCUAAGAAUUCCACAGUAGUGCCAUCGAGUUCACUUAUUCAAACCCUUUAA